UGCUUGUUUGCGUAAUAUAGCUUGCGUGUUAUUAUGCUUCUACACUUACAUGACACAUGUUAUGGAAUUAUUGUUGUAACCAAAUAGUCACCCUUGUAUAUGCUUCGUGUUUACAUUACAUUAAGUCCACCGGGAAAUCGUGCGCGUUGUAGUUAUGUUCAACACCAAUCCCACAAUGCAAGAAUAAACAUGGCCGCGCCGUAUGGAUCAAGAUCAACUGCGGAUAAUUCAGCUGCUUUUCAAGGCUUUCCGUUCAAUGCGCCAAGUAAACCGGCUGAAGAUUCUGGUACAGGGCAAGACAAGACCGGGGAGGCAAAGAAGAAACCGUGCAGAGCAUGUACAGAUUUUAAAUCAUGGAUGAAAACACAGAAGACGCCGACAACCCCAGCACAGGUGACAAAACCAACAGAGACUGAGGCCGAGAGUGCAGUGGAGUGUCCACUGGACAGAGAGGAACUGGGCAAGUGUUCAUGGUCCUUCCUUCACACGAUGGCUGCCUACUAUCCAGAGUCCCCAAGCCCCAGCCAGCGGCAAGAUAUGACACAAUUCAUCGGCCUUUUCUCAAAGUUUUUCCCCUGUGACGAAUGUGCUGAGGAUUUACGGGAAAGGUUGAAGACUAAUCGACCAGAUACCAGCAACCGCCACAACCUCUCUCAGUGGUUCUGCCGCCUGCACAAUGACAUUAAUGUUCGGUUAGGAAAGCCAGAGUUCGACUGCUCGAAGGUUGAUGAGCGGUGGCGGGAUGGCUGGAAAGAUGGAUCUUGUGACUGAGAAUCUUGAUGAUGAAGGGUGGUGGGGUGGGCACGAUGUUGUGUGAGUGUGUGUGUGUGUGUGUGUGGGGGGGGUUAAAUAUGGUGAGUGAGGCAGUUAUAUUUGUGACAUUUUAUUUGUGAGAUUCAUGUAUGUUUUUUUGGAAGCCUAAAAGACAAGUAAAAGUGGUUAUUAUGUCCAAUUGCCCUGUAUAAUACAGUGUAUGUUUUCUUUCCCCUCGAUUUCAUGAAUAAUGCUCAGAAUUUAUUUUUUCAAAUGUACGGGUCUGUCUUCCCAGCUGUGAUAUUAAUUGUGUUCCUUUAUAUUUUAUGAAAUGAAAAUAAAUGAAUGUAUAUCAUA